AAGUAAAGUCAUCAUCUAUCAUCUCACUUGCUUAGCGAACAAAGUAUUAAAAACCCUCAAACUAAUCCACAAUGUUAGAAGAAUUAUCUCCCAUCAGUUUGUUCUCAACAUUUGGAUGGCCCUUGGAGGAAGCCAUAAGCCAUGAACAGCACUACAGCUUUAGAGAUGGUGAAACUCCAGAGUCAUUCACUCACUUCCCUCCAUCUCAGCCAGAUGUAAGACAGCUUGAUCGCUCCACAUCAUUCACGGCCCACAGUGGAAGCGGUGACCCUAGCAUGGUUAAGAAGCUUAACCACAACGCUAGCGAACGUGACCGUCGCAAGAAGAUCAACAGUUUGUAUUCUUCACUCCGUUCACUACUUCCUGCAGCCGAUCAAAGGAAGAAAUUAAGCAUACCGUAUACAGUUUCACGUGUGCUUGAAUACAUACCAAAACUUCAACAACAAGUGGAGAGACUGAUUCAAAGGAAGGAGGAGCUUCUAUCGAAGUUAUCUAGGCAAGCUGACGAUUUAACUCAUCAAGAAAAUCAAAGAAAAGGCACCAUGUAUAGCUCUUUAUCAUCGGUAUCGGCGAGCCGUCUCGGUGACAGGGAAGUUGUCAUUCAUAUCUCAACUAACAAGCUCCAUAGAAGUUCAUUAUCAGAAAUCUUGGUUAAUUUAGAGGAGGCUGGACUUCUUCUACUAAAUUCUUCUUCCUUCGACGAGUCCUUUGGAGGCAGAGUCUUCUAUAAUUUACACCUUCAGGCCAUGGAAGGAACUUACACAGUAGAGUGCGAGGCCUUGAAUGAGAGGCUUGUGUCCUUGUGCGAGAAGAGGGAGUCGUUGUUUCCAUUAAAUUCAAGCUCUCCAUAUUCUAGCUGUAUAUUCUAGUUACAUGUACCAGAGUUCAAGAUAAUUUGUUUAGAUACUGUCGCAAAAACCUUCUAAGUAUUUUAUCUAAGACAAUUUCAAAGAUAUAA